AUGAUUUAUUUAAAAUCUUAUAUUAUUAAUUUCUUAGUUAUAAUAUAUAUUUCCUUAUCAUCAACUCAAGAUUUAUAUGUAGAUAUAUUGGGAACAAAUGAUGUUCAUGGGGCUGCUAUAGAAUUAAACAAGAAAUAAGACGAAUAAGAAUAUAUGAGAGGAGGAUUUAAAUUAUUAUCUGGCUUAGUUAAUAUUCUAAGAAAAGAUAAUCCUAAAGGAGUCCUAUGGUUAGAUGGGGGAGACUAAUUCUAAGGAACUUUAGAGAACUAUAAAACUAGUGGUGAAUUAAUAACUGACUUUUACAAUCUGAUGGAUUUAGAUGCUACAACUAUAGGGAAUCAUGAAUGGGAUUGGGGAAAAGAUAGAAUAAUAAAAUUUAUCAAUAAUGCUCAAUAUCCUUAUCUUGUUGCUAAUAUGGAAAGAAAAUCCCCUGAAGAAAUAUAGGAAAUAUUAAAAACAAUUAGUGAUUAAAAAGCUAAGGAUGAAUUGAAUAAAUCACUUGAAAAAUUAGUUUAAGAUUAUGAUAACAAAUUAAUGAAAACUAAAGUUUUUGAAUUUCAUGAUGGAUAAAUUAAAAUAGGAGUAAUUGGUCUUACAACUAUUGAAACUUAUACAUCAACAUCAAUGCCACCUAUAGAUUAUGAUAUUGAUGAUUAAUAUGCUUAAAUAGUAAUUGAAUAGAGUCAAAAACUAAGGGAAGAAGAAGGAGUACAUGCAGUUUUAGUAGUAUCUCAUAUUGGAAUUCUUUGUUCGCCUGAAAAUGUUAAUGAAUUUAAAAGAUAUAGAGUUAGAACGAUUUAUAAUUUGAAAAAUAAUAGUGUAAAAUGCAAUGAAAGAGAAAUAGCUAAAUUUAUUCAUAAAAUUCCUGAAGGAACUAUUGAUGGUUGGGUAGCAGGACAUGUACAUGAUACGGUUCAUAAUUUCUUGAAUGGAAUUCCUAUUGUUUAGAAUCCCUUAGGAGGUUAAUAUGCUAAUGUAAUAAGAUUAAAUUUCAAAUAUGAUGAAAACUAAUAUAGGGUUGACUCUAAAAAAACUUUAAUAUAAGGUCCGAUUCCUCUCUGUAGUCAUGUCUUUAAAUAAAAUAUGAGAUGUGAUACUGUACCUAAAGAUAAAAAUAUGAAAGUAUUUAAAUUCAAAAACUCUACUCUCACUUCAGAAAUAGAUUAAAGAGUUUUGGAUUUGUUUAGUUCAGAUAAGUAUAAAGGUGUUGUCGACUUAGUAAUGAAAAUGAGAUAAAAUGUUAUUUUUAGUGUAGAUGAUGACUUUUUAAACAUUAAAACUGAUUUUAACCCUUUAGGAGCUUUAUUAGGAUAAGCCUUAAAAAGAAAUUUCCUUUCCAAAAAUUAAGAUUAUGAUCCUAAUAAAGUUAUUUCUAUAUUAGGAUAUGGAGGAUUUAGAUCUGAAUUUUUCGCAGGCGAAGUUUCUGAAGCUGAUAUGAAUACUAUGUUCCCUUUUAAAGGAAAUGUUGCUUCUUUUAAUGUUACUGGCGAUUAACUUUUGAAAAUGACAACAAUUUUAUAAAGUGGAAAAAGAGCCUUUUAUUCAUAUACUGGACUUUAUAUGAAAGUUACUAAAGAACCUUCUUUAUCUUUUAUUGAAGGAAGUGCAAGACUUGAUAAUGGAGAUAUUGUAAAUUCUGACGAUUAAUUUACAAUUCUUACAUUCUCAUUUAAUGUUUUAAAUGCUGGCGGUGAUGAUUUUAAAACUGUUUUUAGUUAAGGGGUAAUUGACAAAAGUAAAUUAUAAUAUUAAAUACUUGGAGGAGAUUUAGAAUAUAUUAGUGCAGGAUUUGAGAACAAAGUUUAUAAAUUAAAAGAUAUAUAGGAUAAUAAUAAUCUUAUUGUUGUUUAAUCUAGAAAUGAAAAAAUUAAAUUUUUUAAUAAAAGAGAAAAUAUCAUUAAGAAGAAAUUGAAAAAAAUUAAUAAUAAUAAUCAAAAUAACAAAAAAAACAAAAAAAGCAAUUGA